GAGCACAUUCUGCACACAGACCCCGUGGCAACCAGGAGCGGAUUCUUGCCCCACGGGAGAACCCGGACGCCUGGGUUCCCUGUGGUUAAGGUCAGCCGAGGCGGCCAAGGCGACCUGUCGCAAUUCUAUCUGAUCACAAUACACAGGGAGGGUUGGGGGACUCAGGGUUAGGGACCUGGCGUUGCUGGAAAGGUUGGAGGGUCACCAUCGAGCAGAGCAUGAGUAGUUCAUAAAUAUUUAAUAACAAUAUUAUUAUUAAUAAACCGUCAUAAUAAUGGGCCCUAUAUAUGCUCCCUGGGCACUCUUCUCUGGCAAGGCCGAGGGAGCUCCAAGGAGCCUAGCAACCUCCACUUGAGCCUUGGGAUCCCUCAUUCAAAUAUGAUUAGAAGCUUAAAACCUACACGAAAUAGCUUCAGCUGCUGGGCGGGGGAAAUCAAAUGCAGUCAGAAAGCCUUCCUGGGCAAAUGAAAGAAGUUCUUUGCAGAGAUUUUAGCCUCAUCUCUUCUUUCUGCAUCCUUGUUCCAAAAGUAGAGGGCUGGUCUUCAGUUGUUCAUGGACACUUACCCCUCCUACCCUGAUCUUGGUCGUCUAAGGCAGUCAACACUGAUGGACAAGCAGUGCCUUCUGCGGAGUGAUUCCAUGGAGGGUUCAGUUUGGAUUGAAGUCCUCGUGCUCCCGUGAUGUUUCUGUGGCCUGGCACUUUGCUAUCUGCAGUAGAACUUCACUCAUUUGUUCACUGGUCCCACAGAAAUACCUACUGUGUGCCACAUGCUAGACAAUACAGAUAGAACUUCCUCUGUCAUGGAGUUUUCAUUUCAGUUUGGGGGACAGGCAGGUCAUGAACACAGAAACAGACAAGAUAAUAUCAUGUGAUGUGACGUGUGUGUGAGAUGGGCUAUUUCUUCUAUUGGAGGUACUACCUGGCAAUUAAAAAGUCAGAAAAAAAUUGCUUCUCUAAGGGUUUUCUGCAUUAUUAAGGAAUACAAGAUUAGAUCAUUUGCCACUCCCCAAGAUUUACUCACUAUAAAGUCAUAAUAAUAGUCUUUUACAUUUUUAUGGCCCUUUAUAAUUAAAAACAUUUUUAUGCAUGCUUAUUUCAAUGACAAACAAUGGCGACAGCAGUGACAAUUACAUAAUGUUUGCUGUGUGCCAGGCCCUGUUCUCAGUGCCUUCCGUGAAUGUCAUCAAUUUAAUCCUCACAAUUAUUCAUGAGAUGGGUGGCGUAAUUUAGCCCGAUUUUACAGAUAAAGAAACUGAGGCUUAGAGGGCAUUACUUGGGGCAGAAACAGUACUCAGCUUGGGUCUUCUGUCUUUAAACACCAAGCUCUUUCUGUGUCAAAAUGAGGGACAGUGAGGCCAAAGAUGGAGUGAUACCCUGGGAGAAACUGGCCAGGGGAAGGAGGGCUUGGGAAUGAGGAGCAGGACAGGCACGUCGGGAUGGGGUAAGUGUGACCACGAUUCUCCAGAACUCAAUACUAAUUUGAAAUCGUUUUAGGUAGCCCUAGAACUGGAAAUAGGGGCAAACAAUGUGAAAUAGGACAUGUGUUUGAGAAGGAGCGUAGGAAAUACAAGGAGGCUAAUCGAUAUGAUCUGAUUUCUACACUAUAUUAUAUUCACCAGCUCCCUGGUGUGUGCCGGGUAUUACAUAGGCACUGGCCUACGAGGAUAAGUAAACACACCUUCUUGGGACUUACAGCCUGCCCCUGCGUGUGCCUAGCCAGCCUACCACCAGCUUGGCAAGCCACCGUCUCUGCCCAGGGCUCCGGAGUCCGCGGCGGGAGGUCUGCUAGCUACCUUUUUCCAGGUAUCCCAAUCUUUGGGUGCCAGGAUAGCCCCAUCGGCCUUCGUUCCACCUUCCGAGAGGAGGCAUGGUGUGAUGUGAGGACGGUAGGGAUCUGGGGCAGGUGAACACCUGUUGAAGUUUGAAUUGGCCACUGCCUUUCCCCUUGGGAAAGUCACCUGGCCUUUCUCUGUCUCCAUUUCCCUGCAGAUAAAAAUGGGGAUCAUAAUAAGAGCACCAUGCUAAGCAUUUUAGUUACAUGAUCUUAUACCAUCAUUAUAACAACCCCAUCAGUCUUGCUGCUUUAAUCACCAUUUAAAAAUAAGGAAAUUACACUUCAGAGAGAUUAAAUCAGCCACCUGAGAUCACUCAGCUGUUUCAUGGCCCAGCUGGGAUUUGAAGCUCAUACCCUUAUCUCUCUUUGAUCCUCAACCUUCUCAUCUGUGAAAAUGGGAGUAAUAACAGCUAAUUGUCCUUGGUGCUCUGUACCAUAAUUCUAAGACAAACUCUCUCAUUACUGAUCCCUGAGAAAACAGAGAGGUAACUGCCCAGCUGUGGAUAGUCACGCCAUUGGUCACCUUCAGUUUGUGUUUGCUCUGUGGUCUCAUGGGGCUGGUGUCAGAGCUGAAUAAUAAUAGUUAACAUUUAUUGAGCCCUUACGCAACUCACUACAGCACCAUCCACUUUCCAGGUCGGGCGAGGGAGGCAUGGAGAGGUCGGGCCUUUGCUCAAGGUUUCCCAGCUAAGAAAUGGCGAAACCGAGAGAUGAGCCCCAGUUCUUAACUGCUACACUCAAUUGAAAUGAGACAAUGUAUGUAAAUCUUAUAGUAGCUACCAUUAUCUGAGCACUUAUUAAGUGCUAGGCAUUGAUCUAAAUUUUUUACAUGCAUUAAUUUAUUGGCAGGGGCUAUCACUCUCAUUGUUACAGAUGAAAAAACGGAGGCAUUAAAUCGCUUGUUCCAAGUCCCACAGCUAGUAAAUAUCAAAGCUGAGAUCAUGAAAGAAAGCCGUCUCUAGAGGGUCCUCCCUUGUGAUGCUAUGUGUAAUGGGCCUGGGUCCCCAUAAACUGGCAGUAAUUAUUAUUCUUCACCGGGUGGGAAGAGAAAUCUGUGUCCAGGGGCCAGAAAUGGCGAAGGGUGGGAGGACAUACGGAAAGUCCAUCAGGCAACGACAGCUGGAAAGAGGUGGUGGACUUCCUGGAGUCUGGCCAUUUAAGAACAGGGCACAUAGCCCUGGCUGGGGUGGCUCAGUGGAUUGAGCAACCAAAGGGUCGCUGGUUUGAUUCCCAGUCAGGGCACAUGCCUGGGUUGUGGAGCAGGUCCCCAGUAGGGGGUGCAACAAGAGAGAACCACAUGUUGGUGUUUCUGUUCCUCUCUUCCCCUCUCCCUUCCCCUAUGUGUAAAAUUAAAUAAAUAAGAUCUUUAAAAAGGAAAAAAAAAAAAGAACAGGGCAAGUAAUACUUGUCUGUGGAAGGACAUGUGGUGUUCCUUCACACUAGGUACUAAAACUGCAUGGGCCAGGGUAACAGUGAUAGGAAGAGGGGGAUUCUGGGCAUAUUGGAAGGGAGAGCCAACAAGAUUUGCUAAAGGAGAAAACGUGGGAUAAGAGAGAAGGCAAGGAUGAUGGCAAGGUUGUUGGGCUGAGCAUCUGGGAGGAGAAAGCUUUCAUUUGCUGGGAUGGGGAAAGCUGCAUGUAGGUGAAGCAGAUCUGGGGUGGAAAUCAGGAGUUUUAUCUUCAAUUUGUUGAGUACGAGAUGAUGUAAGCAACCUGUAGGCCACUGGAUAUACGAAUCUAAAGUUCCCAGGUGAGGUCCAAGCAAGAUUUAGAUUUGGUGGUUGUCACUCUGGGGCGGAGGGGAAGAGUGGGUUGUCUGCCCCAUUUUGCCCCAGCUACUGGUCUGUACCUGUCUCCUACUUCCUCUGCUUGUGGCCUGUUUGAGUGGCAACUCUGCAGAAGGUGAGUGGGUGCACAAUUUAAAUAUGAAAGUGGUGUAGAGCUGAAGAUGCUGAUGUCUGCAAGCAAACUUGCCUGUAAGAAUUCUAUUAAAAAAGGUGAAAUGUAAUUUCCCCUAAAAAAAAAAAUGUGACUAUCAACUGGGUAUCAGUAAAACUAAUUCCAGCUCAAGCAGCCAUUCCUUAGAGUUGACUAACUUCAUGCAGAGUACUCUCCACUCCACAAAAUGACUGUAUAUUGAGAAGGUGUUUCACGCCUUGAAAACCUCAGCCACAUGAAAUGGUAAGGGAAUAAAACCACAGAAAUGAGUCUGAGUUAAAAGUCUGAAUCCCAUACAAGUGCCAUUUUCCUCUACAUGGCAUAAGAUUCUUCGUACGUAAAAUUUCAUGUCUGAAACACAUGCCAUUUUAGAACAGAGGGAAAAGGACCACACAAAACUUCAUUGGGCAUCGUUUCUGUGCAUCCUGUACCACUCUGUGCAUCUACCAGACCCUUAGUGGACUGUAUUGUCCUUGUGUUUUUAUUUCCCUGACUCUCGUGCGAGGCUACAGACUUGACAAAGCUGGGGAAUGUGUUUUUCCCCUAUCGUAUUCCCAACACUCAGCAUAUAGUAGUAGUCCCUGAAAUGUUUGUUGAAUCAAAGCAUUUCAGAUUUUUCCUGUAUGAUCUCCGGCUAUUUUAGGGGGGGGUUGAUUUGUUUGAGAUUUCCAAGUAUUCCUCCAGGUGUCUUAGAAUGUUGCCCUUAGCCUAAAGCAAUUCCUAAAGGAGAAUGGUAAAUAGAACCAGGUCCCCUAACUCAUCUCGGUCUCUUCCCCUGAAAGACCUGGAUGGUCCUGGGCCUCUGGAUUUUUAGAUUUGGACAAAUGGCUUAGCACCCUCCGCUCAUUCCCCCCUGAGGUUACCUGCGUCUUUAGAUGUUAGCACAGGAAAGCCAGGGAUAAGUGAGCCAGCUGUUAGCCAAGCAAGGUACCUUGCCAGGUUUGCCUCAGGUGUUUUCCACACUCAACUCAGUGGAGAAAGACGGCAGAAUGGGAGGCUCUGGGUGGGCUCUGGCUCUCCAACCCCCAGCUUUCACCAGAAUUGUCCAAAUUAUUUUUUAUCAUUAUUUACAUUUUUAAAUAUUUUUAAAUGUUUUAUUAGUCAUAUUUGUUCAAAAUACUAAAUUUUCAUUUUAGAACUUGGUUUACAGAACCAACCCUAAACUGACAAUCGUCAGGAUACCUUUCUCUAAGCCAGCGAUUUUCAACCUGUGUGCUGCAAGAAUUUUUAAAACAUGCAACAUCUAACUAUUUAGGCAGGGGCACUGACCUCUUUUCCCUUCGAUUGUCAAAUAAAAAAAUGACAACAGCCAACACAGCAAUAGCUGUUCAGUGCGAAUGGAUCAAAAUUAUACUUAAUUUUUUUCGCACUUGAAUAUAUGGGUUUCAGUCAAUGAAAAUACACGUGAAAAAGUAAAACAAUGCAGGACUGAGGAGGUAGGGAAAGUUGAGGAAUCCAGAUCACUUCUCUGCGCCUAGUUUCCUCAUCUAUAUGGUGAUAAUAAUGCCCCUGGCCCCUACCUGGCAUGAGUCAUACUUGAAUUAGUUACAAAAAAUGCUUAGCACAGUAGGCACUCAAAAUAAAAGUUAAUCGCCUACUUUUUUACAUGUGUCCAAACCUAUUUGUCCCCUUUAUUCCUUUUAUUUCUCAUGGCUACGGUUUGUGCCUCCAGCCAGACAGCCUGUUCUUACACGGCUUCUCCCACUCCUCACUGCUCGGGACAGGCUGCUCUGCCAGCCGUUGUCGCUCUGCCUCCAGUGUGAGAGGCCAGCCUGCCUUAGGCCACCGCCACAGAACCACCUGAGCGCUGACUCUGUGGGACCCACCUGCCAAAUAGACGCUCCGGGAAUGUUGAUUCAGGACGAAUCUGGGGCUCUGUGUAUUUUAACAAGUGCUCCAGGUGAUGACCAGACACGUUCAGGAUGUGCUAGGUGUGGGCCCACCCCACCCCACCCUGACACGUGACCAUGGAUCCAGGAGCUGGCCCAGAGUCAUCUCUGACUGUCAAUGAGCAGGUCAUCGUGAUGUCAGGCCAUGAGACCAUCCGGGUACUGGAAGUUGGCGUGGAUGCCCAGAUCCCUGCUGAAGAGGAGAGCAAAGGACUGGAAGCUGUGUCUGCGGAGGGCUGCCAGAGCGGAGGGCCUGCUGAAGCCAGCGAACCUGCUGGUGAAGCUGGGCCAGACAACCCAGACUCCUCUACAGAGGCAACUGUGAAGUCACUCCCAGCGAUCCCUUCAAGCCCUGUCCCUGCUGUCGCCACCUUCAGCCAAGCCCCAAGCCAGCCUCAGGCAUCACAGACCCUGACGCCACUGGCUGUCCAAGCUGCCCCCCAGGUCUUGACUCAGGAAAACUUAGCCACAGUUCUGACAGGAGUUAUGGUUCCAGCAGGGGCAGUUACUCAACCUCUUCUUAUCCCCAUCAGUAUUGCAGGUCAAGUGGCUGGUCAGCAGGGGCUGGCCGUGUGGACAAUUCCUACAGCAACCGUGGCUGCCCUCCCAGGACUGACUGCCGCUUCUCCUACGGGGGGAAUUUUCAAGCCACCUUUAGCCAGUCUCCAAGCAGCUGCCGUGCUGAACACCGCUCUCCCGGCACCUGUGCAAGCUGCCCCACCGGUACAGGCAUCCUUGCCCGCCCAGCCCCGGCCACCAGCUCAGCCCCAGACGCUGUUCCAGACCCCGCCGCCGCUGCUGCAGACCACGCCUGCCAUUCUACCACAGCCCACUGCUGCCACUGCUGCUGCCCCCACCCCCAAGCCAGUGGACACACCCCAACAGAUCACCCUCCAGCCUGCAGGCUUUGCAUUUAGCCCGGGAAUCAUCAGUGCUGCAUCUCUCGGGGGACAGACCCAGAUCCUGGGCUCCCUCACUACAACUCCGGUCAUUGCCAACGCCAUUCCCAGCAUGCCAGGGAUCAGCAGUCAGAUCCUCACCAGUGCUCAGGGACAGGUUAUUGGAACACUCCCGUGGGUAGUGAAUUCAGCCAGCGUGGCAGCCCCGGCACCCGCCCAAAGCCUGCAGGUCCAGGCUGUGACCCCCCAGCUGCUGUUGAAUGCCCAGGGCCAGGUGAUUGCAACCUUGGCCAGCAGCCCCCUGCCUCCGCCUGUGGCUGUCCGGAAGCCAAGCACGCCUGAGUCCCCUGCUAAGAGUGAGGUGCAGCCCAUCCAGCCGACGCCAGCUGUGCCCCCGCCUGCUGUGGUCAUUGCCAGCCCAGCCCCAGCGGCCAAGCCAUCUGCCUCUGCUCCCAUCCCAAUUACCUGCUCGGAGACCCCCACUGUCAGCCAGCUAGUGUCUAAGCCCCACACCCCAAGCCUGGAUGAGGACGGGAUCAACUUGGAAGAGAUCCGGGAGUUUGCCAAGAACUUUAAGAUCCGGCGGCUGUCCCUGGGCCUCACACAGACCCAGGUGGGGCAGGCUCUGACCGCAACAGAAGGCCCGGCCUAUAGCCAGUCAGCCAUCUGCCGGUUCGAGAAGCUGGACAUCACGCCCAAGAGUGCCCAGAAGCUGAAGCCGGUGCUGGAGAAGUGGCUGAAUGAGGCCGAGCUCCGGAACCAGGAAGGCCAGCAGAACCUGAUGGAGUUUGUGGGAGGGGAGCCCUCCAAGAAACGCAAACGCCGCACCUCCUUCACCCCCCAGGCCAUCGUGGCUCUCAAUGCCUACUUCGAGAAGAACCCGCUGCCCACAGGCCAGGAGAUAACCGAGAUUGCCAAGGAGCUCAACUAUGACAGGGAGGUCGUGCGGGUCUGGUUCUGCAAUCGGCGCCAGACACUCAAGAACACCAGCAAGCUGAAUGUCUUUCAGAUCCCUUAGGGCUCAGCCCCCAGCCCUAUGUUCCAGCACUUUGUACUUGUCCCUUGGCGCCCGGCUGCAGCCAUGGCUGUGACAGCACCUGUCAUUCUGCUACACGUGGCUGUGCGUGUCCUGAGUCUUGAGACUCCACCGUGUGCAUGCGUGUCAGUGGCCUCCCUCCCGUCCCCCACAUAUUGCACACCACGGGGAGGCAGAGGAGCCCGCCCAGAGUGCCAGGCUCUGGCUGGUCCUGCCAAGGGAGGGAAUUGUGGUGUCACUUAAAGAAGCACUUUGGUAACGUGGUUUUUGAAGAGUAAAUUCUGCCCCGUCUUUGGGGCAGGGCUGUAGCAGCCCCUAAGGACUGGUCGUUAGCUCUUGUUUUCGAUGGCGUUCUCUUUUCACCCUCUCUUCUCUCCUCCUCUGUGUAAGUGUGGCAGGUGUGGCAGGUUCGUGUCCGUAGAACCACAGGCUCACCCCCCUUUGCCGGCAGGCACUCUGUCCCCUGAAAGGCCCUAAGAGACACAGUUCUGGAAAGUGUGAUGUGCUGCUCAGAAAGUCAGACUCGGUGUCUGCCUUGACUUCAAGGUUGGAAGGUUCCGCAGCCCUGGGGCCAGAACAUGGCACCUGCUCUCCCACCUCUCCCUGGUUCCUAUGGAGGAAAAUUGCACUAAAGCAGAACCUUUUCUUUUGUAACCCACGUUGGAAGGAAGCAACAGAGAACUCUAGCUGUCCUGGAGUUGACCUGGGUCUGUGGUAGGUCAGGAACUUACUAAACAAGGCCAUUCUUCCAGAUUUUAAUCCAGUCUCUGGCCAUGACCAUCUCCUUCAGAGGAGAACUUGCAGCCUGGAAAACCCGCAGUCCCAGUAAACAGGCACUUUGGGGAAAAACAAGGGAAGAGUGCUGGCUCAUUCUCUUGUCCUCACAUUGUUCCCCAGGCCUGGGUUGGGGCCUUCUCAGAGGGGCAAACUCAACAAUAACCUGGGCAGCAAGGCCUGGGAGAAAGGCCAACAUGGCAGCCCAGGAAGGUGACUUCCACCUUCUGUGGAAGGUGAUUUAACUAUAACUUUCUCUGUCACUUUAAGCCUUGGAUACUGGAGGAGAAAUCUUAUUUUGUCCAGAGUCUUAGACCCUGUGUUUGUGUAACCAAUCUCCCCAGUGUUCCACUGAACCAAGAAGACCCCUGGAGCCAGAUGGCUUUUUCCUCCAGAGAGGGUAACCAUGGCACUUUGGGGGUUGGCGGCUCAUCCCAGUGCCUGAGUUUCCCAGUGUGGCUGGGCGACCCCUGGAACUCUGCAUGCGACUCCAGGAAGUCAGCCAGCACUGAGAGGUUUGCUUAGAUGAGCCCAGCCUUGCUGUGUAGACUGUCCGUCCAGGGCUACGCGUCACAGGGGUCAGCCGCCACCCACCCCCUUCACAACUCCUGUCCUGACAGAGCCAAGUCUCUAGCAGCUGGCUUCCGCUGCCCCUCACAUGACACACCCUGAGGAGGUGACUGCCAGGUGAGGGCCUGGUACCAGCUCUGGUGGUCACUGCAGCCACCUCUUAGCCUAGCUUCCUCUGGCAUGCUCUUUCCUUUCCUGCCUACCACUGGUCCCUCCCAGCCCCGCAGUGCCAGCACGGCCGCCCUCUCGGCAGCCCUGCCAGUGGGAAGACAGCCGUGUGUCAAAGUGCCACAUGCACACACUCCUGCCCACUGUAACGGAACCAGCAAGCCGGCCCCAGUGCAGUGGCAGUGAGGAAGCGCUUGGGUAUCUUGCCUGCCUCAGAUUCUCAGGAGAAAAUGUCUCCAGAGGAGGGAGGUUCCACACUCAAGUUCAGGGUUAUCAGCCUGUCUCAAUGAGAUCGAGGGGUGUUGUAAACAAGUAUUCAGUAAUAAACUACUGGAGUUUGUUAAGGAUUCAGUGAUUUAGCCUCCAAUAAAUUAGAGAGAUACAGGCUCUCACCCUCAAACACUUGUGUUCAGAUGCACUUUCUUCCAGGUGGGUCACGGUACCUGGGGAGUAACAGAUAACCCAGGGUGUGUCCAUCUGUCUGGUGUCAGGGCAGGAAAACAUAAUGAACUGCUGGUAUAAAUUAGGGCUGGCCCUGCUGUCUCACCUCCUCUCCUUCCCAAGGCUGGGCUACAGCUAAACCAUUUUCUCCUCUGCAGGGAGGAUGGUGGGUCUUCCAGAGGAACAGUGUUGGGGGUAGAAUAUUUACAGACUGAAUACCCCAGGCAGAAAGGCGCAGGUGUCCCAGAAAUGUGCCCGAAGCAGAGCUCACCAGCCCACAAUCUCCUGCUUCCCUGCUGUAGGGAACCCCCCACCCUCACCCCGGGAAGCACCUGUGGCCCUGAGGUGGGUUUUCGGUUUUGUUUCUUGUAGCAUCAGACUCUAAAGGGAGUUGAUAUCAAUUUUGUUUUGAAAGCAGCUUUCUGGACUUAAAGCCAGAGUUCAGUGUCUCCUCCACCAUGGAAAGGAGGGAGAAAGGGCGGUUCUGGUUUUAUUGUUUGCUUGUGGUUUUGUUUGUUGGUUUUUGUUUUAAAUAAAUGAAAGACCAAAACUUCCUAUGGCCUGGUGAAUUAGCUGAGACCUUUGAACCUGUGCUUUGCAUGGUAUUUUAUCUGGGCGAGGUCCAGGGAAGGAAUCUGGCCAAAUGGAUGGAGGAAGACACUUGAAUUUGGAAUGAGAAUCCCUGACCUUUUUUUGUCCUUGGACAUCCAAUCAUCUUCCUGUGGUUGGGUUCCCAUCCUGCCUCAUAGGCCAGGCUCUGAUGCUGAGGUUCUGUCUGUCUCUGACAUGGGGCUGAACCUACUGGGGGCUGG